UACGGCAAUGAAAACUACGUUCUAGCUAGGUUAACAUGAUAAAUUGAAAUUAGUUCUUAGCACUAGUAGGGCCACCGUAUUUGUAUUUAAAUUCAAAUGUAUAAUGUGUAGCCUAUUUGUAAAUUUAAACGUUUACAAAUUUUAUGUAUGAACGUCGAUUAACUUAAUUCUUAACUAUGUUGGAGGGACUAGUUGCUUGGGUGUUAAACAAUUAUUUGGGUAAAUAUGUGGAGAAUCUUAACACAGACCAGCUAAGCAUAGCUCUUCUUCAAGGUGCAGUUGAGCUUGAAAACCUACCUUUGCGGAAAGAUGCUUUACGACACAUCGGGCUACCAAUUGAAGUCAGAGCAGGUUUCAUCGGUAAGAUUCGACUCAAGGUCCCUGUCAGUCAAAUACGCAGUGCUCCGUGGGAAAUAAGCAUUGACCAGCUGUAUUUGGUGACUGGACCCGUAAGAUUAUCAGAAUGGGAUGAAAGUGUAGAGGAACAAGCAUCGUACGAGUAUAAACUGAGCUUGCUGGAUGCUAUUGAGGCAAGAUGGCGAGCGGAGACAGACACAAAUCCAGAGUACAGCUACUAUGCGAGCAGCUACAGCUCCUGGCUUAGUUACGGCUCCAGUCUGGCUACCAGCAUCGUUGAGAACCUGCAGUUGAAAAUCUCUGACGUCCACUUCCGCUACGAGGACGACCAGACGGCCAGUGGAGCGGGGCUGGUGCUGGGUGUACAGAUUGAGUCGCUGACCGCCCGCAGCUGUGAUGAGACGUGGACGCCCGGCGCCUCCAGCCGAGACAAGAGUUGCUGCUUCAAGCUGCUGCAGUUGGCCAACCUCGCUGUCUAUUGGGACAACAUCCCUGUGGAACAGAUGAUGGGAGACCUCGCCAUUCCUGAGUUGUCGGUUGCAAUGGGAAAGAAAGCAGCAGAUCAAAAUCACUGCUAUCUUCUAGUACCAGUGUCAGCGGAAGCACAAACAAAGCGCAACAGAUCUGAGCAGCCUUUGAGAUCACGCACACAACCAAGGAUUGUUUGUGACUUGAAGUUUGACCAAGUUCGUCUCACACUCACAGAUAAGCAGUUUGGCCAGAUGGUUGCUUGCAUAAAGAUGCUGGACAGUGUGAUGCUGAGCCAGAGGUACCGUAAACAUCGGCCGACAGUUGCUGUGACGCAGGAUCCUCGUGCCUGGUGGAGAUACGCCUACACCUGCAUCACCAUACCUCGCCAGACUUGGGCCACCAUGCACACUAGAGCUAAGGAGAACAUAGCGUAUGUGGACAUCUAUAGUAAGCUGCUACACACCAGUACAGCCUCUGCCCCAUUGGCUCCUGACAACAAGGAGCUCAAGGACAAAGUAGAGUGGGAGAGAGGCUUUGAGGAGCUGAGGGCGUUACGAGAGGUGGCGAUGACCAGAGUGCGCCCUCCUCCACUGCCAGAGCCACCCGACAGUCACAGCCAGGGACGCAGUGUGUUGCUCAGCUGGUUCCCCCAGUGGUGGGGGUGGUAUUCCUCCCCUACCUCCACCAACCCCUCACUCACACCAGAGCCUCCACCUCAGGGCGCGGCCAGCACGACGGAACAGAGCAGAGAGAUGACACAGACGUUAGAAGAUGAAAUACUAGAUGCUUUGGCUGACUCGGUUGAGAACAGUACAUUGCUGAAGAGGGACACUGUCUUCGGUCAGCUGAAUUUUACCAUCAACCAAGGAACAUUUAACCUUUGCAACGAAAACCAGAAGUCACUGAUGGAGCUACAGUUUGAGAAGGUCAGAUUGGGACUUGAGAGUAGACCUAGGACUGGAUCUCACUGUGUGACAGUAAUGUUGGGCGGUCUAUCUCUUCAUGAUAAUCUCACAGAAGAUUCUGCAUUUCCUGUGCUCAUUUCCCCCCAAAGCAGUGAGUCUGCUCCUUCUGGAAGACCAGCUCGGAAUCUUCCUCCAGGAUUACAACGGCUUCUGAAUCAAAGUUCUGAAAUGAAAGAAGAACCUUUAUUCCACUUUCUGUAUGAGUACAAACCUUUCAAUUCUGCUGCUGACUUUCGGCUCCAAAUCCACUCGCAAGCACUGGACGUUGUGUACAACCCAGGCGCAGUAAAGUGGCUCAUAGACUUCUUUGUUCGUCCGUUCCAAACUUCUGAUCCAAGUUUCCGAGCGGCUGCCAGACAAGGAUACAACGCUAUGAAGCAGAGGACCAAGCAAGAACUGCUGAGGAACUGGGAUAGAAUACUGCAGGGGCAUCAGACUGCCAGGAAGACCUGGGAUGUAGAACUUGCUAUUUCGGCACCUCAAAUUUUCCUUGUUGAACAUUUCAACGACAAAAACGCAGUCCUUUGUGUCAUUGACUUGGGAAAACUGCAUCUGACAAACAGGAGUCAGACGAUGGAUCAGAGGCCGUCAGUGAUAUCCAACACCGACGAGGAAACCGAAGAGGCGUUCCAGACACCUUGUUCAACACCUCCUGGCAGUGAGGCAAGCAACUCUAUCUCUCCUGUGGAACCUGUAGGCUCUCCUCUCAACCAAACCUUUGAUUCCGGAGCUAGCAUCAGUGAACUAGCCAUACAUCAUAAACUUUAUGACAGGUACUCCGUGGACUUGAACGAGUUACAGAUCCUUGUUGGAAGAGUGAAAGACAACUGGAAAUUUGCCCAUCUGAAAGGCACCUCAGCCCUACACGUCCUUGACCGUUUUAGCAUUUCACUUCAGAUGGAGCAGAGGAUUGUCUACACUACAGACCCUCAGUUUCCCAGUCUCACAAUAGCAGGAAACCUACCCAAACUGGUCGUUCACCUCAACGAGCAGAAGAUUCAGGCUAUCUGCACUUUGCUUGAUGUCAUCUCAGGGCGUGGCCUUCCGUCGCCUUUCAGGUCCCAAGAGGGCUCCCCAGAGGAGGAGAAGCCUGUGGAUGUUGUGGUUCAUAGGCCAGAGACCAACCCUCAACCUGCAGAGAUCAGUGACUGCAGUGCGGCCAGACUGCUCAUGCUGCAGUUCUCUGUGGACCAGCUAGCGUUGGAGGUUCAGUCUCGAGGUCGGAGUGUGGCAGAGCUGCAAGUGUCUGGUGUGAGAAUGUCGUACACCAAACGCCCCUUCGACACAUCGCUGAGUCUCAGUGUGCACGGACUGCUGCUGGUCGACGCUUUGCAAACGUUCGGCCCCGACUUUGAACUGCUAGUCGCUAGCCACAAGCAUGUGGGGAUGGACAGUGUAAGUGGUAGUUUGCGAGACAGUGAGCCGACAUCUCCCACAUCUCCGGGAUCUCCUGACCCUCUGUCUGGACGCAGUGGCUUCCGUCUCCUCCCUACAACCAUCUCGUCUGCCAUCACGUCUGCACUCUCCUCUCUGCAGACUGACAUCACCAGAGCCAAGUCUCCUCCCCCGCCAAAUCUACUUUACGCCUCAUCACCUCCGCCAAUAGCCAGCCCCCGGCCCCCGCUGCUGACCACACCUCUCCUGGGAGAUGUCACUGUCACUUCUGAAGCUCUCAUCACCAUAGAGCUGGUGUUUGUCAGUGCGGACUGUCCUUCCAACACUGAUACACGGGAGAAUCUGCAGAUAGCCAAUAUCCAGUUCAACAACCUCGACAUCAUUGCCAACCAAGAGACGAUUGUCGAGCUGAUAGGCUUUGUCAAGAGAGUAUUUCCUAGCAAGCCAAAUCAUCACAAGCCUCCAAUACCUAUUGCACCAGAGGACGAGGUAGAUGCUCUGUCAGGGUCCGAGGCAACCAGUCGGAGAUCAAGCGGUGUUGUGAUUCCCUCCACCAGAACUCAACUGACCUUUGACUUCCACCGACUGAACAUCUUGUUGCUGCGAGCUGUUGUGAGAGACAACGUCAUAGUCGGACGGAAAAUAGCCACUGUUACACUGAGCCAUGCCAAGAUCAAUGCUAGUGUUGGUGACCAGCUGAUGAUAGAAGGUUCGCUGGGUGGUCUGCAGGUCCUGGACUUGACACAGACAGGCAGGACACAUCAGAGGAUCCUGUCUCUGGGGCAGGACCCUCUCACAGACUCCCUGGAUCCUCCACUGGACCUCAUGGCUCACCUGAGUGCUGACCUGUACAGCAUGGCUGGCACUCCCACCCCUAGUCUGUCCUAUCAGGAGAAGGAGGCGUUCAGCUUCACUCUGCAACGAGAUCUGCAGUCUCAAUCAGACAGUGCUGCCAUCUCUAUCAGGUUUGCUUCAGUGUGGUACACACACUCGCCACACCUACUGUUGGAGCUGCAGUCCUGUGCCAAGGAGUUUAAGCAAUAUCUUGCUAAUCUGGCUCGCUCCAUUGGCUCGGCUGCCACGGAGAUGGCAAUUGGCCUUGUACAUGCCAGAGCAGAGUCGCUGGCACAGUCACUGUCUAUGGGUGGGCGACUGUACGGGUCAUCCACUGACAUAUCCUCCACCCCUCGCAAACGACGACGCAGCAGUCUGUCUCAGAGUAUAGAGAUGUUGGACUCCGGGCAGAUCACCAACACCAGAGGGACUGCCACACCUUUCACACCAGAGGACGACUUACUACGCACUCAGAUAAAGUGGGAUGUGAUACUGGACACGCCUGUGGUAGUGGUGCCGAGGUCAGCUGACAGCACUGAGGUGCUGGUGGCUCACUUGGGGCGUAUGUCUCUCACCAACGGAACACCUGAACCCCAGUCAUGCUGGGUGGAUGACUCAGAUACUAAUGAACAUUACAACAUAGAGAUACGAGAUAUGAACGUCUACACACUUGACAUUCAGAAACAUCUGUCCGAAGGUCAGAUGAUGCAGCGCGUGGACAAGUUGUACAGUUGUGCAGAGUCAGGCAAGCCAGUGCUGCAUGACACUGUGAUACAACUGACUGUAGAUCACCAGGCUGGACAACUGUACAUGCGACAGGCAGAGAGCAUCUUGCUGGAGUCCGGCCCUGAGUUCACCUCCGCCGAGCGACAGAACACUGUUCAGAUUCGAGCGAACGUGGUCACUCCACUGAAGGUGUCGCUGUCUCGGCAGCAGUACGAGCAGGUGCUGGAGACAGUGGCGUACGUGUUGAGUGGACAGUCAGCUGCAGUGAGUGAGCAGAGCGAACAGAACGGGCACAGCGACCGACCGCUGCAGGACAUAGAGGAAGACACAGAACUGACUGGAGUGACAACUCUUAACCUUGACCCCAAACUGAGAGCCAGGAUGUACAUGAACACUUCGGCCAACCAGGAACUGCGUCAACAGUCCUCGUUCAUACUGAGAGCAUCAAUGGACUUGCCAGUGUUAACAGUGGAGCUGAUAGCUGACCUGGGUUCCGGAGAGCAGGGACUGGUGGACUUGUCUUUCAAAGAUCUACAGAUACAGUACGACAAGUCUCACCCCCUGGAGACUAAUAUACAGAUGUCGCUGCGCUCACUACUGAUGGAAGACCUGCUGCAAGCGCCAGACUCCAAGUACCGCCGGAUCAUGGCGUCAUCGCAAACCUCGGCAGCGCCUCAUCACAGCAACCACGUGUCACAGUCUUGUCCUAACCUGGCUGCAGUGCUGCACCCUGGCAGUGGCUCUCAGAUGCAUAUCUCCUUGCCUGAUCAUCUGGAGACGGAGAAUGUCUACGGCAGCAAGUAUCACCAUGACACACAGACAAGCAGUUCCAAGCGGACGACCAAACCUACAGUGACUACAGAGGGGUUGUAUCCAUCCACUCCCCCUCCCUCACCCCGUGCUACUGCCUCCCCCUGCGGCUACAGUGAGGAUAACCUGGUACACAUCAACAUGGUACUGCGAGCACCCAGGCACCCGGCUCUCAAUAACUCCAAAUGUGUCACAAUAGAUUUCAACAGCCUGGACGUAGUGGUCAAUGUGGAGUCGUGGGUCGUAGUGUUGGAUUUCUUCGGCAUCAGUUCCACCGGUCGAGAACCAGACAACAAGAGGGGUCAACAGCAUCCAGCAACUGAAGCUAAGUCAGUUGCCAGUGACAAACCGCACGUCAACACAGAGCACGAGAUCUUUGUUCGUUCGCUGUCCGUGGUGUUUAACCGUGCUGAUUACGAGGUUGCUCGUGCUGUCAUGAGCCAGUUGAGCGCACGAGUAGUAGCAGCGAGCGCAGGAGUUACGGAGACAGAAGCGAGUGUCGGAUCACUCAGUCUUGUAGACCUGACACCUUGCCAUGGCCAGCUGUACAGGGAGAAGUUUGUGACUGCGGGACUCAACAUGGUCAUGAAGAAACACAACACACCAGAUCCCCACUUAAUCAGAGAAUACGACACUUAUCUGCGACUAGACAUGAUGUCCGUACAGUAUGUACACACCAAACGAUUCAUCGCAGAACUGCAAGCAUUCUUUCGCCAGUUUUCUCAGCUUCAACGCAUUCUAAACGGUAUCCGCUCUACUCGACAGAUAAGUGAGCUCGAGGGGUCAGGCACCAGACUGAAGCUAGAGAUGGUGGCUGCGUCUCCAGUGCUGUUUCUACCAAUGAGUGCUCGCUCUGGGGAGGUGCUCGUGGUAGACCUGGGCAAACUGCACGUCAGCAACCGCUUCCUCAUGUCAGGGUCGGAGGGGACCAUCAGCACACCCCAGGACAACUCUAAAGGAGUGCUGUUGGACGUGAUGCAGAUACAACUAGACCACAUGGACUUGCUGAGUGGCUACCGGGUCUCUGAGGUUCAACCCAACAGUCAUGUGCUGGGUAGUUACUGCAUCACUCGCCGAGGUGGCUCACUGCUACGAGACAAAUGUCAUCUGCAACUGCAAGUGGAGCGCAACCUCAUGACGCACAUCGCUCACUCCGUGCCAGACAUGAGCAUUCAAGGCACUCUCUCGACUUUGGCAGCUACUGUGGACCUGGAUCAAUACAAGCUGAUUAAAGGACUGCUAAGUUAUAACAUCGGAGAGUGUAUUGAUGACUUGACUCCUAGAGAAACUGCCACUGCACCUAUGCAGGAGGAGGUAAACAACGCAUGGUUGUGGAACUCUAUACAUCUGGAGCUGGUAGAUGUGAGUGUGUGUCUACGUAGAGGACAUCAGACUCUGGCCUGUAUCAACUUUGUCAAGAGCCACCUCAACGUGGACAGCUACAGCGACGCCACACAAGAUGUUGACUUGGUCUCACAGGAGAUACUCAUCACUGACACUAGGUUUUUAGAUGAACCAGCCAACAAGAGAUCCAAUAUCUUCACCAACAUUCUACAACCGAUAGUGAUGACCUCUGAGGUCGGGACAGUUCAGGCUCAGGUGCACCACAGGAGACUACUGGACAUGUCCAAGUUUACCAUUCUACUGAACAACAUGAGACUAAUGGCUAUUCUAGACUGGUGGGAGACUGCGAGGGACUUUAUACUGGAGAACCCUGUCAACCCUUGGCCAGUAGUGGCUAAUAACAAGCGAGAGGAAAAACCAGCAAAUCCGGAGGCUCCGCUACCAUUUGAGAUGAAACUGAACAUCACCAACUCAGAAAUUGUGUUUGUGGAAGAUACUUCACAGUGGGACUCUAACGCUGUCAUUCUGAAGAGCACUACGGUGAUCACUUACCGGCCACUUGUGAUGGAAAAGCCUCUGUCUUGUAAUCUCAACCAUUGUGAGAUGUUCUCUUGUAUCCUGGGUAUGGAGGAUGAAACUGCUCUGUCCAUUAUUGACCCUGUCACCGUCAACAUCGAGAUUGUACUGGAUAAGGGAGUCAAGACACUCAAGGCACAGAUGGUACACUUGAGUCUCCGUCUCUCCUACCAUGAUGUUCGUAUGUUCUCACAAAUGCUGGAGUCAGUACCCAAGCAAACACGAUGGGCUCGCAGUCACAGCAUAGAGUCACCCAGUAGUACGAGGCCUGCUAACUUUAGAAGUCAGCUGGUGAAGCUGAGUGCGCUGGGGUUCAAGGAGGAGGAUUGUGUGAAGGCGUUGGAGACAUGCAGUGGUCAGCUGGAUGAUGCUGCUCUGUGGCUGACUCAGCACGCUCUGCCUGUAGUAGAGACUCACGGUUCAAGCGAGGCUGGCUACACUAACCGGUCCUUCACUGUCAUAGAGGUGGAGACGGACUGUCUGUCUGUAUGUAUCAUUGACGACUGCCGAGACGCAGAUGUUCCUCUGCUAGAGCUGACCCUCGGCUCACUGAUGUACCGACAGGACUUGGCUCAACAGAGUGGUUCUGCCAACUGUGCGUUACACAGUGACUACUACAACCGCACUCUGUCUGGAUGGGAGCCCUUCAUCGAGCCUUGGUCAUGUAGCUUUCAAUGGGACAAAACUCAAGAAAGACAACAGGUCUACUUGUUGAGUGAGGAUGUUUUAAACAUCAACAUCACCAGCACUCUAGUCGAACUGUUCAACAGUGUUAAGGAGACUUGGACCCAAGACUACUACAACCCCAAGGACAGUGCUCGCUGUGACAGUGCGACCAACCUGAAGGCCCUUGGUAGUCCACCUGGCUAUAGAAGAAGAUCUCCGUUUGUUCCAUUUGCGCUACGCAACGACACUGGUUCUCGAUUGUGGUUCACAACUAUCAUCACUUCCAACAAUACAUACAUAGAUGGGCUGGAAACUGAAAGGAGAAAUUCUGAUAGAAAUCAACAAUGGACAGCAGUUGAUCCUGGUGAAACCAUCCCAUUCUCGUUUGAAGAGAGAGGCAAGAUGAGGCACAGAUACACACACAAGGUGACCAUACACCAGCUGGGAGUGAAGGUAGAAGGGUGGCAAGCUAUAGACCCUGUCACUGUGGACAGAGUGGGAGUCUACUUUAGACUUGCAUCGCCAGACUACUCAUCUGCUCGCAGUGAGCUACCGCAGGCUAGGGUGGUACUGGAGGUGACUCUGGAAGGCUCGGCUCGCAAGUUGGUCACUGUUCGCUCGGCUCUACAGCUGUGUAACCAUAUGUCCGACACUGUGGAGGUGAAACUGGACAACACGCACAUACAUACUGGUGUGCCACUUCACCUGACUGCGAGCCCCGGUGCAACGUUGUCAGUGCCCCUGUCACACGCAAUGGCUCAGAUGUGGGUGCGACCGCUAGACCGUGCACAGGUCCCCACACACUACCACGCGUUCUGCAACCGACCAAUCACAUGGCAUCAUGUGACCAAACCUCUACAGGACAUUGAGGAGCUGAGGCAGUGUCAUAGCAAUCGCGGCAACAACUACAAGUUCUCGGUGAUGGUGAAGAGAGAGAACUACCCGGUAGACAGACCUCCACCUCUUGCUCCUCCGCUGUCCAGUGUGUGGUUACAGCCAGCUCACACCAUCACUCUGCUCAACGCUCUCACCAUAGUGAACCUGCUGCCUCAGGAGCUCAGCUACAACAUACGAGACAUUGUCAAGGGCCGCAUCAGGCCGGGACAGGAGGCGGCUGUACAUCAGGUUGACCAGGAGAGCCAGAUAGAGCUGCAUGUUGGUCUGGAGAACUAUCCCGGAGGCGGGACUCUGGUUAUUCCUCCAUUCCCGGCUCCCUUCACGACCAAGUUGAAGCUGCUUGACCAGUCCAGACGGAGACUGCAACUGACUGCCUCCGUGGUGGCUCAGCAGGGCUGUGGGCUCAGGGUGACUAUCUCCGCCAUGUUCUGGUUGGUCAACAAGACUGGGCUGCCGCUGGUGUUUAGACAGGAAGGAGUUGCUACAGAGACUGCCGGCCAAUAUGAGGAACACGAGGUUGCUCGUAUGGUCGCCCCUCUGUUGUUCUCGUUUGUGGACCAAGACGCAAGUCCCACAGUGGUGGCCAGAGUUGGCAGCAAAGUGCAUCCUGAAGGAACACCCCAGUGGUGCCAACAUUUCCGGCUACACCCAGGUGUGCAGGUCCGCCGCCUCAGGGUGACACUGUGGGACAACCGGCCAGACCUGGUGUACAUGAUAGGUAUUGACAUCCGGCCCGGCCGCGGCCGCUACAGGUGUACCAACAUCGUCACACUUUCCGCACACUACCAGAUACACAACAAGAGCAGCUACCGGAUACAGUUUGCACAACUGUGCUUUGCCACUACAGUGAGUGACCCGGGUGCCCAAGCCACUUACCUGUCCGCUGUACCUGAUUGCUCUCUGGCCUUCCACUGGCCUAGGCUGGACAAGGACCUUCUGUUGUGUCUGAGACUGAUGGAUGUACCUCAGUGUCACUGGUCUGGGGGCUUCAUGAUUGACAACAACAACUCUCUACACAUCAACGUCAGGGACUCCAGUGGUCGUAUGUACUUCCUCCGAGCUGAGAUCGUACUACAGAGAGCCACGUAUUUCAUUGUGUUGACUGAUGCUGUGUCCAUGCCAGCUCCUAUACGGAUAGACAACUUCUCUCAAGUCGCAGUGUCAUUCUCUCAGACUGGGGUACAAGCCAUGAGCUCAGUGCGACCCCACUGUUCUGUCCCUUAUGCAUUUGACGAGCCGACCAAGCCUCAGAAGUUAACAGUGGUGGCACCUGGUGGUGUCAGUGCGAAUUACGACAUCAACAAGCUGGGCGAGGGACCCGGCCUGACUUACGAGAACUUCAUAUACAUCACCUUCACUGGCACAUUCAAGAGUGUGGGAGACACAGUGGACCCGCUGGACGUACAGUGUCAACAGCUGGUACUGGAGGUGCCAGACGGGUCGAGCUGUGUGGUGUUGUCUCGCAAGCAGCACGGAGCACGGUCUCAGCUGUGGAGGAUGACAGGGGAAGGACAGCUACAGCACGAGGGCUCCAGUCCACCCCGGGCACCUCCAGACAAGAUACUGGUUCUGGACAUCUCGGGUCCGGCGCCGCAGCCCUCUCACUACGUCAGCCUGGUGCUGCGCCGGCCGGACAAGCGGCGCAAGUCUACCCAGACCUGGCGGUUCACUGACGACGGCCGUCUCUGCUGUGUACAUAACAACAUGUGUGUCCAGGCUAAGGACGGCUUCUUUGGUCUUAGACAAGGAGAAUCUCGAGGAGUUGCGUGGCAGAUGUGGAGUGAGGUGGUGCUAGGUCGCAGCUCUACGUUGCCAGAUGGAUCAGUACCUCUGGAACAGCUUGUUUCAAGACAAAGACUGAGGCCAGGCUCUGGAUAUCUCACAGUCAAAGUGCUCACUGACGGACCUACGAGAGUGUUGCAAGUCACGGACGUCAAGGACUCGAGGAUGGUGGCGGUACUGGAGGAGAGUGAUUGGGUGAAUGUGUCGACCAAUCACAGACCAGCGGCUCUGCUGACAGACGACACAGCUCUGCUAGCUCCCAAGGACAACAAGGAGUUCCAGCUGAACGUGGAGUUGCCUUGUAUCGGAGUCAGUCUUGUGUCUAGACAACCGCCGGAGGAGUUGGUAUACAUCAAGCUCAGUCAGAUAAGGCUCAGUGCUAUGUGGACUCAUGAGGCGGAGAUGUUGGACGCCUGUGUGCAGGAUAUUCAGGUAGACAAUCAGCUGUUCAAGGCACAGUGUCCAGUAGUGCUGCAUGUCACUCCUCCCUCACGCUCCACAGACCCAGAGGAGGUGGCCAGACCAGCUUUGCAGAUAACAGGGGAAAGAGUGCCUCGGAGACACACUAGCAACGCGGAGAUUGUCAAGCACUUGGUUGUUCGUAUGAAGAACAUGUCUCUCAACGUUGAGGAGCGUCUGUUGCUGAAGUUGUUUGCAUUCCUUGGCUUCAGUGGACAGGAUGAACAAGAGACUGCAGACGAGAGUGACUUUGAAACUCAGAGAAUCCUGGCUGAAGCGACGUCUGCCCACGCCAAGCGAUACUACUUCGGCUCUCUCAAGCUCAUCUUCUGCCAAGUGAGACUAAGCGUGUCGACCAGUAACAAAUUGAGUGAACAGCUGAAGGUGAUCAAACGCAAGCUCGGCCUGACCCUGAUCAAGUUUCAAGACGCGGCUGUUGAUCUGGAACCGUUUGUCAAGCGCCACAUCUUUGAGAACAGCCAGUUCCUGCUCAGCUCCAUCAUCAAGCAUUACAAAGAGGAUCUGAUGUGGCAAGCAGCUAUCAUCUUGGGGUCUACAGACUUCCUGGGAAACCCUUUGGGAUUUUUCAGUGAUCUGACUGAGGGGGUGACAGGCCUCUUCUAUGAAGGCAAUGUUGGAGCAUUGUUCAAAAAUGUUACACACGGUCUUUCAAAUUCAGCUGCCAAAGUUUCAGAGUCGCUUUCCGACGGACUGGGUCGUGUUGCAUUGGACGAUCAACAUGAGGAGCAGCGGCUGCGCAUCCGACGCGGCCACGCUGGCACCUCGCGCGACCACUUGGCUGCGGGUCUGCGUGGCUUUGGGUUUGGGGUGCUUGGCGGAGUCACCAGCGUCUUCAAACAGACCUACGAGGGAGCUGCUAAUGAGGGGAUACCUGGUUUCAUCUCUGGCCUAGGAAAAGGCCUUGUUGGAACAGUAACCAAACCUGUGAUCGGCUUUCUGGACCUUACAUCAGAAGCUGCUAGUGCCGUCAGAAUCACCAGUUCCAAUCGUAAGAGCCCGGAGCGCACGAGGCCGCCGCGAUGUGUAACCAGCGGCACUGGGCUGAUGCCUUUGUACAACCAGAAACAGAGCAGAGGACAGGAGUAUCUCUACACCAUCAACAACUACGACUAUACUGAGCUGUUCAUGGCCUACGAGGUUCUACGCAGUGGUUGCGAGGACCUGAGGAUCGUCAUAUCAAGCGAUAUGGUGCGAGUGUUUAGCGGAAACACAUUCAACUCGUUCCUGCAAGUACAUCUCAGAGAGUUGGUGUCUUGUCAUCCACUGAGUCUGUACGAGGGAGGGACCACACUGCACUACAUAGAGCUGGCUAUCCGUGUGGAGGGAGCCUUGCUGAGCCAAGAACCUGUCAAACGACCUCGCGUGCGGUGCGACACCAACACCAUCGCAGCCUGGGUAUCUCAACAAGUGAAUCAUGCUCGUGCAAUAUACAUAGAACGCCAGCACACGCUAAUGUCAAGUGCGGAACACCAGUACGCCACGGAAGACUGAACGCUCCCAAAGACUGCUUCCUCUCUACCUUGAAUCUUGUGAUAUAGAGUAGGCUUUAGUUCGUAGUUGAACUGUUGUUGACUAUUUAUUUUUGCAAUCGUUGAAUAUAUUUUUUCUAAACAAUACAGUAUUUUCCGAAAGGCAAAGAGGGCAAUAAAUAUUUUUGUGCUAACGGUCGGGAUUAUUCUGCUCUGUAAAUAUUGUUAACUCGUCUUAGUUUGUUGUGAUUUAAAUAUUUCUAGUCUUGCUUUUGAAAGGUUUAACACAAUAAUGUUUUAGAUUUUUUGCAUUUUUUCGUUAAGUAAAAUAUUUUUCUGAGAGACACUGAUUCGUAGCUAUUGUUUGUUAGCCUAAUGAGCGAGCGAUAAUGAAGUUUUUGAUGACAUUUAAAUUGCAACCAAUGUAUGAAUAAGAUUCCUCAAAUUACUUACCUAAUUACUAUUUUAAGAACUAUGUGUUUAUUGGACAGGAAAAUAAAUAAUACUUUAUUUAUUUAUUCUAAAUUAUUGGUAUAGUCGAAAUUCGAUCAGUAGGUGGGCAAUUAUGAAUAUGAGAACAAACAGGAAGCAAUUUUUCAGAUACACAAAAUAUUUAUGUUGGCAAUGUUUGAAUAUUAAUUAGGAAAUUACUUGUGAAAUUACUUUCACAAUAUGUAAAGCAUGUUACUCAAAUUUUAUAUUUUGUUUUUACUGAUAGUUGUAUUACUCUAAUACAAUUUGUAUCAACUACUUAAGUAAAUUUUAUUUCCUUAUUGAAGUUAACAAAUUGCAGCUAGUUGUGUGUUUGUUCCAUUUGUAAGUCCUUUUCGUAUUGUGAACCCCAAUGCAUUGAAUUGAAACAUUUUUUAAAAUUUUUUAUGAGUAAAGUAUGAUAAAACCUUUUUUUGAAUUUAGAACAUUUAAAAUUCUUUAUUUAAAAUGUAAAAAAAGUUACGUAGUACAACGAAAUCAUAUCAUAACAUUUACUGUAGAUGUGUUACCCGUAUUGAAGUAUUUAUUAAUUGCAUAUGGUAGCUCUUAAUCUUUUAACUAAACAAUAACAAUAACUUUGUUGUUUUACAUGUUAUCUUAUCGUUAUUUGUUAUUUUUAAGCAGUGCUGACUUGCUAUGUAGAAAUCUUCUCAUGUCACACAUUGUGCAAUAAGGCAACAAAGUAUACAAUGUAAUUUAGUUGCAGAAAUCAUUCAUUCCAUCAUGUUAGACUGUCUUGAUACUUAUUUAUAGCUUUUUAACCCAAAAGUCUGCCUUUAAUUGGUUAUGCUAAUGUUAAAUGAAGUUUUUGCAUCAAAUGUUUAAUUACUUCGGUUUUGUAUUACUUAAAUUAUUAUAA